AUGGUGGGCUCAGGAGCAUCAGAUAGGAGCAAAGAAGCUGUUGGGAUGAUGGCCCUUCAUGAGGCCCUCAAAAGAGUCUGUCUCAACUCAGACUGGACUUACUCUGUCUUCUGGACCAUUCGUCCUCGCCCGAGAGUUCGAGGUAGUAAUGGCUGCAAGGUUGGAGAUGACAACGGUAGCUUGAUGUUGAUGUGGGAAGAUGGUUUCUGCCGAGGGAAUAUUGAUGGAGAGGAUCCUGUGAGAAAGGCCUUCAGCAAAAUGUCCAUUCAGUUGUAUAAUUAUGGAGAAGGGUUGAUGGGGAAAGUUGCAUCUGAUAAGUGCCACAAGUGGGUCUUUAAAGAGCCCACAGAAUGUGAACCGAAUAUCUCCAACUAUUGGCAGAGCUCCUUUGAUGCUCUUCCUCCUGAGUGGACAGACCAGUUUGAGUCAGGCAUUCAGACCAUAGCUGUAAUUCAAGCUGGGCAUGGCCUUCUCCAACUUGGUUCUUGCAAGAUUAUACCUGAAGACCUCCAUUUUGUGCUUAGAAUGAGACACACUUUUGAGUCCCUUGGCUACCAAUCUGGUUUCUAUCUCUCCCAACUCUUCUCUUCAACAAGGAACUCUUCCUCUUCUACUUCUGUUCCUUCAAAACCAUCUACCAUUCCAAUUAGGCCACCUCCACUCUUCAACUGGGGUCAGAGACCACUUACUUCUGCCACCUCCAUGUUAUCCUCACCGAAUUUUCAACAACAUGCAGCUAGGCUUGGGUUCCCUAAAGAUGAGGCGAACAUGUUUCUCAUUCCUCAUGCAUCAUCUGAGAGUGCAAGAAUAGAGGACAUAAUGGGGGAGCAUGAAAACGACAUAAAAUGGCCCAAUGGCUUGUCUUUCUUCAAUGCUCUCACUGGAAGAACAGAUGAUGCUAAGCUUUUGUUCAAUCCUGAUACCUUGGGGAGCAAACCAGGCGAUCAAAGUCAGCAUCACCCCCUUAGUCAAAAUCCCAAUUCAGAGGCCUCCAAUAUGCAAAAUGCUAGUGCAACCAACCCAAAUGAGUUCUUGAGCUUGGAUAAUCACCAAGAUGAUGCAAGGAAAAUGGACAAGUUCAAGAGGAGCUUCACUCUACCUGCAAGAGUGCCCUCAUCAUCUUCAUCCACCUCAAUGGAUCACCACCAUCAACAAGGUGUGGAGUAUAGGAAUUCAGAAGGAGGUAUGUACCCGGAUGUCAUGGAAACAUUUUUGGAGUGA